AGACAAAUGAGCGAACAUCAAGUAUCAGUAGACUUUAUAUGCUGGAAUAUAUCUAAUUUAUGUCUGGUGUUCAUUUUGAUUAUGGUUUUGACACUAAUAUCCUUCUCGAUGGUUGAUAUAAAAGUUGUUUCAUUCAGUCUCUUCCUCCAGUCUGCAAACCAACUUUAAUCUGACCAAGUGCAAAUGGAUCUCUACUACCAUAUUAUUCCGCCGUCAUCUCGUGCCAUUCUCAUACUUGCGGAUAAACUUAACAUCAAGUUCAAUCUCAUCUCAAUCGAUACUCGGGAUGCCGAUGAAAUGGCCAUCUUGACUAAGGUCAACCCAUUGCAAUCACUCCCAACAUUGAUCGACGAUGGUCAAAUCAUAGGGGAGUCGCACGCCGUUCUCAUCCAUCUGACCAGCCAGUUCGACAAGCAGGGCACGCUUUACCCAACCAACCUGAAGACCCGUUCGGCUAUCAACGAGUUGCUUUUCUUCGAUACCAACAUGUACAAAUGCUUUGUAUCCUUCUCGAUGCCGACCAUCAUUAAACGGCAGGAACCGAACCAGGACCUGCUGGAUAAACUGCUCGUCUGUGUCAAGGCCUUUGACAACUUCAUGCGGGACCGUAGCUACGCUGUUGGGGAUCACUUCACCCUGGCCGAUCUAUCACUGGCCCACACAAUUGGAACUCUCGCGGUGAUCAAGGUCAAGCUGAGCGACUAUCCCAACGUGGAACGUUGGAUGGCGAAAGUUUUGCCGGAAAUGCCUAAGUUCGAGGAGCUGCAGACCCGCGCCGAGGAUGCACUGUCCGCCUUCCUCGUUAAGCAGUACGGUAUCAAGUGUAUCUGAAAGUUAACGAGUCGUGAUCAUUGUUUGAGCUACUAUUGAUGAUUUUUUGUUAAUUGCUGAUCUCAAGUUGUUUUCUUAAAUAUCAUUUUAUUAAACUAUAAAAAAUUAAAACAAGUGUAUUUUCAUUGCAAUUAGGAAGAAGACAUUAUGUUUGCUGGUCUCUUGUCCAGCAUACGCACUACUUUUAUAGCCCAUUGUAGUUUGUUGUGUUUUAUCAGUUCACACUUUUAUUCACUAGUGACGAAUCAACGAUAGCCCCAACGUGCGUGUUCCAAGACAUAAGGACUCAUCGACAACCUUUAAUCGCAUUCCCUGGGAAAUUUAUUGUCUGAAAUUUCGAAGAUAAUUAUUUUGAAUUUCCACGUGAAUUAUGUCUGAAAUGCUUGAAAAUAUCUUUACUGUUCGGCAAAUCCUUCAAAAAUGCCGUGAAUACCAAGUCCCAACGCACCAUCUGUUCGUUGAUUUCAAGGCGGCAUACGACAGUAUAUAGACCGCGUAGAGCUAUGGAAAAUUAUGGACGAGAACUGCUUCCCUGGGAAGCUUACCAGACUGAUCAAAGCAACGGUGGAUGGUGUGCAAAACUGUGUGAAGAUUUCGGGCGAACACUCCAGUUCGUUCGAAUCGCGCCGGGGACUAAGACAAGGUGAUGGACUUUCGUGCCUGUUGUUCAACAUUGCGCUAGAAGGUGUCAUGCGGAGAGCCGGGUGUAACAGCCGGGGUACGAUUUUCAACAGAUCCAGUCAAUUUAUUUGCUUCGCGGAUGACAUGGACAUUGUCGGCCGAACAUUUGGAAAGGUGGCAGAACUGUACACCCGCCUGAAACGUGAAGCAACAAAAGUUGGACUGGUGGUGAAUGCGUCAAAGACAAAGUACAUGCUUGUGGGCGGAACCGAGCGCGACAGGGCCCGCCUGGGAAGCAGUGUUACGAUAGACGGGGAUACCUUCGAGGUGGUCGAGGAAUUCGUC